AUGACUUCGCUGUUGACUACGGUCAACGCGCGUACGCGCAACCAGUUCCGGCCCCGGGUCACUGGCAAGGGCGGCGCCACGAGCUACCAGCUUCGACAAUAUGCAGAGGCCACGCUGGGCGGUGGCAGUCUGCGCAAGGUGGUGAAGCUUCCCGAAGGCGAAGACGAGAAUGAAUGGCUGGCAGUAAACAUGGUGGACUUUUACAACCAGAUCAACUUGCUGUACGGCGCUAUCACCGAGUUCUGCUCACCGCAGUCGUGCCCCGAGAUGAAGGCAACCGACGAAUUCGAAUACCUCUGGCAAGACAACGAGAACUACAAGCGGCCGACCAAGAUGGCUGCACCCCAGUACAUUGAGCAGCUCAUGGCUUGGGUCCAGGGAAGCAUCGAUAACGAGGCGGUGCUCCCCAGCCGGAUUGGAGUGCCCUUCCCCAAGACCUUCCCAUCUCUGGUCCGACAGAUCUUCAAGCGCAUGUACCGAGUCUACGCCCACAUCUACUGCCACCACUAUCCCGUCAUCCGCGAGCUCGGCCUGGAGCCUCACCUGAACACGAGCUUCAAGCAGUACGUCCUCUUCAUUGACGAGCACGGGCUCGCUAGCGGGAAGGACUUCUGGGGCCCGCUGGGCGAUCUGGUCGACAGCAUGCUGAGGAGCGACUAA